UCUCUCUAACUCUCUCUCUCUCUUUCUCUCUCCCAACUCUCCCAUGAGCUUUCACACACACUCUCCAGCACACACAUCCCCCUCCCCUCUCAUUGUACUUCGCUUUCCUUUGCCCACUCUCUUUCUACAACAAACAUGGCCGCUAAAUCGGAUGGAGCAGCCGUGUGUGAGAGCGCUUCUCGGUGUCUGCUUGGCCCUGAGCAGAGCGCGGCUCCUCUGCACCCUCGCGCCGAGAAACGCUUCUCGCUGCUGGACUGCUGCUGGGUGCUGUGCGCCCUCCUGGUCUUCUUCUCCGACGGAGCCACCGACCUGUGGCUGGCAGCGGACUACUACUUGAGGCGGGACUAUUGGUGGUUCGGGCUCACGUUAGUGUUCGUAGUGGUUCCCUCCACGGUGGUUCAGGUGUUAAGUUUCAGGUGGUUCGUGUAUGAUUACUCGGAGAUGAGCGCCUCCCCAAGCGGGGACGGAUGCGAUUUCAGCACCAAGGACAGCGACCGGCGGAGCGGCAGCGGCAGAACCCUGCCUGCGAACGGCACGCGGAAAUGCUGCAGAGUGCUUGUGUGGCUCUUCCAGUCCAUCAUUCACAUCUUGCAGCUCGGCCAGGUUUGGAGGUACGUCCACACCUUGUACCUGGGAGUGCAAAGGCGUUGGCAUGGCGGCCCGGGUCAGCGUCAUUUCUACUGGCGUCUGAUGUUCGAGAGCGCUGACAUCAACAUGCUGCGGCUGCUGGAGGCUUUCCUGAAGAGCGCGCCUCAGCUCGUGCUGCAGCUCAGCAUCAUGAUCCACAGCAACUACAUACUGCCCCUACAGGGUCUCUCUGCAUCUGCCUCAUUGGUUUCUCUCGCCUGGAUGAUCGCGUCCUACCAGAAGGUUCUGCGCGACUCUCGUGACGACAAGCUCCCCAUGUCCUACAAGGCCGUGAUUGUUCAGAUGCUCUGGCACCUCUUCACCAUCGGUGCUCGAACCAUCGCCUUCGCCCUCUUUGCUUCAGUCUUCCAGCUUUACUUUGGGAUCUUUAUCGUGGCCCACUGGUGUGCCAUGACCUUCUGGAUCAUCCAGGGCGAGACCGACUUCUGCAUGUCCAAGUGGGAGGAGAUCAUCUACAACAUGGUGGUGGGCAUCAUCUACAUCUUUUGCUGGUUCAACGUCAAGGAAGGCCGUGCCCGCUUUCGGCUGGGUGUGUACUACUGCGUGACAUUGGUUGAGAACGUCGCGCUCACCGCCGCUUGGUAUAUUCACAGGGGACCUCACACCUCGGACUUCUACGCCCUGAUUAUUGUGUGUGUGGUGUUGUGUAGCUAUGCUUUGGGAACAUUCUUUAUGUUUGUCUAUUAUUGCCUGCUCCACCCAGACGGACCUAUCCUGGGAGCUCAGUGGAGCUGUGUGGAGGAGGGAAUGGGUGUAAUCGGUCUGGGAGGCGUUGGGGAUUUGGGAACCCCCUUGCCCCAACCGGACGUGGUUACUAGCCCUCCCAGAACACUCCAAAGGACUACUGGUGGGGAUCGGGAGAUAGGGGCCGGGGAUAGAGACAGUUGCCUGCCGGUGUUUCAGGUAAGGCCUCCUAGUGUUCCCCCUGCUUCCUCCCCACGUCCCCCAAGAACUGAUGGUCCCGUUAUCCGCAUCGACCUGCCAAGAAAAAGGUACCCAGCCUGGGAUGCCCACUUUAUCGACCGAAGGCUGAGGAAGACCAUCCUGGUGCUGGAGAAUACAUCUCCCGUUACACCUCGCAUCCAGUACCAGAGCUUCAGCAACCCCAAAGAAGUGACGGAGUACGAGACUACGGUGUAGUGUUGUUCAUACCUCCACCUUCCACCUGACAUCUCUAUGCAGAGGUGGAACUCAGCCACCAUGAGGUUACGGUCCGAUCCUUAAUGGUCGGCAUGGUGCUAAACGGUGGGACCACAGCACGUUUGGCAUUCGGAUGCCUGGGAGCGCAUGAUUGGUCCGAAAGUGCACAUCAGGCUGGAUGCGAGUAACAUGGUGUUUACUUGACCUGCAUGGGAAGUGAAACUAGGAAAGGGAUUUACCUUUCUGCCUAUGCACUGAAUUUAUAAAAAAAUGACAGUGAUGAGAAGAAGUGGACAUUUGUAAAAUAUAGAUGAACUGACCAAUCAGUAUUCCUCAGGACCAGCCUGGCUGCUGUAUUGGUCUAAGUUUAAUGUUCAGUGAUCUGAAAACAGUACAAAUGUUGUAUUAUUUGCUUCUGUGAAUGGUGAGGUUAGCGAGUUCAAUCAUCCAUUUCUUCAAAAGAGUUCUUCUGUAAUUAUUGACAUAUUUAUUUAUUAGAUUUAUUUUUUAUGACUCUGUGGCCAUGUCUUUGAUAUAAUUCUUCUAAUUGAAUAUUCAUAAAUAGAUAUUAUCUUUUGUUAUAUGUAUCUACAAAAGAAUGGUGCCAGUGUGUUGGUAUGAAUGUUUUUUGGGUUGUCUGGUCAUGCUGCAUUGUUUAUCUGUAAAGAUAAAGAAAAAAUGUCAUAUAGUAAGACGAAAAGCUGUGAUCUAAUGUAGUUGAAUGAAAAUAAUACUGUAAAAAAAAAAAGAUUCAGAUGACAGCCUCGGAAAAGUAAAAAAAAAAUUGAAUAUGCGUGUUUGAGUGUUUCAUGAAAAUGGUUUUGGGAGCAUCCGGGAACAUAAAACUUGCAAACGUCUGAGUGUUUGUGUUGCAUUUCACAGAAAAAAAAGAAAAAAAAAAUGCAAAAGAUUGACAGUGAAUUCUAAUCCUGUAUGUGAACUCUUUUUACAGUAAGUUGAGCAGUGAGUCUUGGUUUGCUCCGUCCGCAAGCCUCAAAACCCUUUUACAUCUGUAUGUGUUCAUUUCACUCAUUAUUUUGUUAUUUGGAAGGGGGCGGCCAUUGCUGUGGUUAUGAGGAGUUUAGAUUCUGAAUUUUUGGGGGCUUUGUGGUUUGGCAAGAGUAAAUGCUCUUUUUGGCCAUGAAAAGUUGCCGACUAUUGGGGACAACAAUGUUUGUGUGUGUGUUUGAGAGAAAGAAAUACUUUUUUGUCACCUCAUAAAAUCUUAAGACCUCUUUUUAGUUUUAACUGCUUACCCUACUCAGCUGUUUUCCAGGCUUUUUUGAGUAACGACAAUUGUAAAGAAAUCACCGCAAUUACAAAACCAUCACAAGACAUCAGCUGAAGUGUUUCUCUCUGUCUUUCUCACUCCCUCUGUGAGGUCUUUCAAGGUCUUGCUUGCUGUAUUGAAAUUCUAUUGCCUGGUUAAAAACCAAGCAGAAAAACCCAGAGUCAUGGUGGGUAAUUGCCAAUGACAAGAACCCUGCUGUCCAGUCUGAAGACACUGAUGGAGAGCAAAUGACGCUUGAGCGCUGUAAUCAUGCUGCCCUAUAAUUGGACAUUCACACAUACAGGGCUUUUAUUGUUGCAGAGUAAAUGUGUUGUUGUUUACAGUGCCUGUUCUUUGCUCUAUGGUGAUCUCCACACCUUGCUCAAACGAGGGGCCGGUUGCAUAAACUGCUUAGACGAGUCUUAAAAAUUUCUUCAAGAUUGGUCAUAACUUUUUAAGGUCAGUUACAAAAAUGUAACUCUGUCUAAUUUGAAUCCUAAAAGACUGAUUAUCUGUUGGCUAACUGCUAGUUGUUCAAACUAAUUCUUAGGGGCUAUGUUUAUGCAACUGGGCCAGAUCACAAAUGAGAUGUAUUACUGGUAAAAUAAGACGAGAACCUCCUCCAGGAGCACUUUACUAAGUAGUUAAAAAUUCUGCAACUCUGAUACUUAUGGAAAGUUGGUAUAGUGGCACUACUUGUGUAGUGUUCGCAUUUUGGAUUGAUUCCUUCAGCUUGUAUUAUUCUCAAUCUGGAUAAAAGCGCCUGAUUAAGGAAUAAAUUUAAAUGUAAAUGUAAUUUGACAAGGAAUCAGUUUUCCUACAGCUAAAAUUAAUUCAGAAGCAGAAAGCAUUUGUAUUGAAAUUGCCACAGUGCAUUGUCCAUCAUACAGGAGUAUCAUGAACAGGAUGAACAAUUAUCAGUGCAUGAAUCAAACUCACUCUGAAUGCUAACAACUUUUGCCCUAGAUUUCCAAGCAGCACUCUUCACUUAUAGCCUGUAUAUGGGCAUAAAUAAAUCUUAUAAUGAGUAAAAUCACUCCUAGCAACAAUAAAUUUAACCAAACAUCACAGGAAAUGGAUCACAUGCAAUGUCUUGGAACUUGUACUGCCAUUUGUAUACCUCAUAUGAGGAUCAUUUUAUAUUUGAAUCAGUCAAGACUAAUUCAAAACGAAUUAAUUGAACUGAAGACUCGCUCCAAUUAGAUCACUGAAUCUUUGAUUUGCUGACUCGAAAAUUGAUUUCGAUUUGUGAACAGGUUGAUCAAUAUUAAUCAGCUUUAGAGAAACUGGACAUUGCUACCAGUGUCGGAGUUCAUUCAGUUCA